AGAUUUCUCACCGUAGAAGAUUGCAGUUACAAUAGAUGCUGUGCCUUUAACAAGGGAUGUAUUCCUAAACUCAAGAAAUACUUCACCUGCAUUUUGACGUAUGGAUAUUUUACAUCUUUAUUCAAAUUUGUUCGUGUGAUUAUCAUUUCCCAGGCCUGUGAAAAUCCCAAGAGGCUCGAGGCUUGUAACAAUGAGGGUUUUGAUUGCAACUGCCAACCCGGUCUAUCGUGCAGGUUAACCAAACAAAUGAUCGUGGAUGGCAAAACUAUUCCCGUCAAGCAAUGCAUGGGCGACAAUGAGGAGAUUAAUGUGGAGAAAAUCAACGUGGACCCAGAGGAGCAGAUCGGUGCAGCCAACACAGCUUACAGAGUCAAGCACAACGUACGAUUGGAAAAUAGUUUUUCUUCAAAGGUCGUUGGAACAUUUGACAAUUUUGUAUUUACACAGAGUUUUCCUUGGCCUUCGGCAUAA